AUGACGAAGACCCCUGCCCUCGAGGUCUUUGCCGAUCAGAUCAGUGCUGCGGCCAAAGUCAUCACAGCCUUCUGUGCCUCCACCGGCCAUCCACAUCCAUCCUUUGAUGAUACCCAACUCAAUGGCCUCGAUACGCUACCCUCGUCUGCACCAGCUGAAAUUCAGGAGGCUCGACAGGUCAUUCUCGAGAGCGCGUAUCGACUCCAACAGCUCAUCAUCGAGCCCAGCCAGUACCUGGCACGAUUAGCAGUCUACCCUCAGCAUCUUGCCGCAAUUCAAUGGCUCUGUCACUUCAAGAUCCCCUCUCUCGUCCCGCAUGAGGGCACCAUCUCCUACCCGGAUCUCGCGGCCGCGGCCCACGUACCACUGCACCAGCUCAAGAGCAUCACCCGCAUGGCCAUCACGGGGAAUUUCCUUGGGGAGCCAGCCUUAAACCAGGUUGCGCACAACAAGACAUCCGCGCGUUUCGUAUCAAACCCGUCCCUGUGCGACUGGGCGCUGUUCCUGGCUGAGGACUCGGCACCGAUUGCGCCCAAGCUGGUCGAGGCGACGCAGAAAUGGGGCGAGACAACGAAGAAGACAGAGACCGCGUUUAACCUGACCCUGAAUACGGACCUGCCCUUUUUCGACUAUCUCUCGAGCUCUCCCGAGUUUACCCAGCGGUUUUCUGCGUACAUGAAGAACGUGGCCAAGGGCGAGGCUACAAACAUCAAGCACUUGGUUCAGGGAUACGACUGGGCAAGUCUGGAUAAUGCCACUGUGGUGGAUGUUGGAGGCUCCAGCGGCCACGCCAGCAUUGCUCUGGCCGAAACCUACCCGCAGCUGAGAUUCAUCGUCCAAGACCUUCCCAUGGUCAUUGAAACUUCUCAAUCCCAGGUCCCUGACGCCGUGCGCUCGCGAAUUACAUUCCAGAGCCACGAUUUCUUCACCCCACAGCCCGUGCGCGACGCGGAUGUGUACCUGCUCCGUAUGAUCCUGCACGACUGGCCGCGGGAAGAAGCCCAAAAGAUCCUGUCUCACGUGGCUGCGGCCCUUCGGCCUGGCGCUCGCAUCAUUGUGAUGGACACUGUCCUUCCCAAUCCCGGGAGUGUACCGGUUAGCGAGGAGGCGCUGCUGCGUGUGCGGGAUAUGACGAUGAUGCAGACGUUCAACAGCCAUGAGCGGGGGAUGGAUGAGUGGGAGGAACUGGUGCACGCGGCAGAUUCGAAAUUGAACAUCACCCGGUCUAUCCAGCCUGUGGGUAGUGCGAUGACCGUCUUGGAGGUUGGCCUGGGCCAGUAG